GGGGCUGUGGCCGUGUCUAGCUGUUCAGGUGCGUGGUGCUCAUCCUCCCUGCGCACCUACAGCCGCAGACCGCCGGGGGGGCGGGGGAUGCCGGGCUGCCGCAUCAGCGCCUGCGGUCCGGGGGCCCAGGAGGGGACGGCAGAGCCGGGGUCGCCGCCGCCGCCCCGGGAUCCCAUGCCAUCCUCUCAGCCCCCGCCCCCAACUCCGACCUUGACCCCUACCCCGUCCCCGGGUCAGUCCCCGCCGCUGUCGGACGCAGCCGGGGCUUCGGCAGGCGCGGCCGAGGGCCAGGAGCUGCAGCGCUGGCGCCAGGGCGCUAGCGGGGUCGCGGGGCUCGCCGGCCCCGGAGGGGGCUCUGGCGCGGCGGCGGGGGCGGGGGGCCGCGCGCUGGAGCUGGCCGAAGCACGGCGGCGGCUGCUGGAGGUGGAGGGCCGCCGGCGCCUGGUGUCGGAGCUGGAGAGCCGCGUGCUGCAGCUGCACCGCGUCUUCUUGGCGGCCGAGCUGCGCCUGGCGCACCGCGCGGAGAGCCUGAGCCGCCUGAGCGGCGGCGUGGCGCAGGCCGAGCUCUACCUGGCGGCUCACGGGUCGCGCCUCAAGAAGGGCCCACGCCGCGGCCGCCGCGGCCGACCCCCCGCGCUGCUGGCCUCGGCGCUGGGCCUGGGCGGCUGCGUGCCCUGGGGUGCCGGGCGACUGCGUCGCGGCCACGGCCCCGAGCCCGACUCGCCCUUCCGCCGCAGCCCGCCCCGCGGCCCCGCCUCCCCGCAGCGCUGACCUCCACGCCCGGACCCCUGGCCACCCCGACAGGCUUCGCCGAGGUGCCGACCGACCGACUGAUCGCGGACGCCGGCUGGAUGGACUACGGAUCCGCAGGAAGAGACAGUGGGGGGCCAGGGGCCCAGUAGAGGAGGCUGAGGUGCGGUCUUAGCGGCUGGUUCGCUAAAAUUACGGCCUGACUCACAUAACCAGGACAGGAUGUCUGGCACCUGCUCACCCAGGGAUCCUUACAUAGCAGAACCUAGAGGCUUAACUCCCAACCUGUCACUAAGAUGGCUCGGCCAGGGUGGAACCAGGUGAUACCCUUUAACAGGCCCCAAGGGGGCAGGUAUGGCAUCAGCUUCCAGAAAGGGGGGCCUUAAAGAGCCAGAUCUGAGCUCCUUCCAACUCCUCAGAGCCUCCACUCUAUGGAUCUGGACCUCUGGAUUCGGCUUUCUCCCUGGGCACUGCCUUCAGGAAGACGUUGAGAAUUGAGCUUACACAAUCCCAGCGCCCUCCUCACAGGAGCCUUUCACUUCACAGUGGCAAGGGGCUGGUUCUGGGGAACUGGCUGACGCUCUGAAUUUCUUCAUAUACCCCACAUUUGACUUUGGCUUACACUGUACAAUUGGAGAUGUUGCUACAGGCACCUGAGAUGCAAUCAGAUUAACCGUAGCAAGCAUUGCCAAUGGGAAAGUCAAAAUAAUUUUUUUUUUUUCCCUUUCCCCCUACCCCAUCCCCGGCCAAGAAUUUCUUUUAAAGAUAUCGUCAUCAUUCUUAAACAACAUUCUUAACCCCCAGCUGGGGUCCCCAUUUUAGUAGAUGUCAUUGCUUCAAGUCUAACGGCGCCGGGAGGCCUGUUUGAGGGAAAACAUUAGUUUGAAAAAUCCCUGUUCCCUUCAUCCACUGCCCUUGUUCUCCACGUGGGAGUGUGCCUGUGGCCCCUCAGAAAGAUAGUCUGCUGACUCCUAGGGGUUGGGGUGGGGGACAUACCUUUUUCUCAGGAAGAGGUGAUGGCAAUGUAAAACAUCUAAGCAAAGUUUUAAAUGAAAAAAAGGAAACACAUUUAAACAUCCUGAUAAUGGAGGGAAAGGGGGCACAUUUACACAUAGCCCAGAACUUGUAGAAUUCUGCAAAGUGAAUGUAUAUUGAAUUAGUCUCUUGCCUUAUACAUUCAGGAAGAAUAAAUUUCCAUAAUGUAAGGCAAA